AUGCCGCGCAGGAAAGGCCAGCCCACCGCAAGAGCGACAAGGACAACGCGUCGGUCUGCUCGCCAACGCAAAGAGCCCCAGGAUGACAUCCCAGAAAUCUACGGCGACAUGCUCGCCGAGGCCAUCGCCGAGGAACAGGCUUCGGCUUCGAACUCGCGAGCUUCUAAGCGGCGCAAGAUGAGCGAGGAGCCGUCGACCAAGAUCGAGCUCGAUUUUGAUCUGUUUGGCUCUGCCGCGAACGUCCACGACGGUGAGGAGACGGCGUCUGCUGACGAUGCGCCUCCGAAACUUCAACCAGUCGUCUUCGAUGACUUCGAGAUCUCGGACGAAUCUGAUGCAGAGUUCGAAGACGUAGAUCUCGAACCAGCCACGAACGACGUCGCGGAGGGGCGGCCCCUCGAGCAGAAGACUCUCGAACUCGACCUAUCCAAGACAAGUACGCCGAGGCGCGCCAUCCAACGACGCAUGCCAGUUAGUCUAGCAGAGCGAAAGCUUCGCCUGGAUGUACACAAGGCACACCUCGUUUUGUUGCUGGCACACCUCAAAUGCCGUAACAGAUGGUGCAACAGUGAGUUCGUGCAUUCCAUCUUGAAGCCUCUCGUAUCUCGCAAAUUGAUCUCGUUACUUCACGUCGACGAGUCUAAACCUCAAUUUCAAAGAUCGCAUUCGUUCACCAAAGGCAUUGAGGAGGUCUGCGCCUUAUGGAGACAGCAGUGGAAAAUCACUGCGCGGGGGAUGAAACGAGCUCACUGGAGAGAAGACGUCGACGCUGUCAAAGAGAGCGAAGAUGCGGAAGACUUGAUUGAUUUUGACGACUUCAAAGCCGCAGCGAUCUCUCGCUCUGGUUCUAGGGACCUGGGAGCUCAACUAUUCUGUGCACUGCUUCGCUCAGUCGCGGUAGACGCCCGGUUGGUAUGCUCUCUUCAGGUUUUACCGUUCUCUGGGAUUGCCAAGGGACAAACUCCAGAGAAGCCCAAGCCCCAAUACAUCUAUGCGCCUGCCCAGGACUAUGGUUCCGCCUCACACGACGGCAGGGUCAAUAUGAGGCCUGCAGGAGCUCCCGAUCCCAAGAGAAAGAGGAUCGUCGAGUCUCCUUUCCCGAUCUUUUGGGUCGAAGUCUUUUCCCCGUCUGUGCAAACGUGGAUCCCGCUGGACCCUCUCGUCCGCAACACCAUCAAUAAACCUAAGACUGGUUUUGAGCCUCCGGCGUCUGAUCAACUCAACAGCAUGAUUUACGUUGUUGCAUUUGAAGAUGACGAAUCAGCUCGAGACGUGACCCGGCGAUACACUCAAUGGUACAAUGCAAAGACACGGAAGCAACGGGUCGAAAGUACAAAAGGUGGCGAGAAGUGGUGGGAGGUGACCAUGAGCGUCUUUGAGAAGCCCUUCAGUGAGACACGAGAUGAGAUAGAGGAUGCGACUCUGCUCAAGCGCGCCGAAAGCGAGCCCAUGCCCAAGAACAUUCAGGAUUUUAGAGGACAUCCUGUAUAUGUUCUGGAACGGCACUUGCGGCUGAACGAGGUCAUACAUCCCCGACACGAGGUGGGCAAAGUGAGUACUGGGCCGCUGAAGAGUGCCAAGCUCGAGAGUGUGUUCCGCCGACGAGAUGUGCAUGUCUGUCGGACUGCUGACGCAUGGUACCGGCGGGGUCGUGAUGUCAACCAAGGGGAGCAGCCGCUGAAACGAGUGGUGCCCAAGCGACAGCGGAAUCAGGACGUUGCAAUGGCCGAAGACCUUGAAAACGAAGACGAGGCGAGCGAAGGAAUGGCUCUCUAUGCGGAAUAUCAGACCAGUGUGUACGAACCGCCGCCUGUCGUCGACGAGAAAAUCCCUCGGAAUGCAUACGGCAACCUCGAUGUCUACGUGCCGUCAAUGAUACCGGCCGGUGCAGUCCACAUUCGCCACCCACUCGCAUCCGCAGCGGCUCGCGUCCUCGGCAUUGAUUAUGCAGAAGCAGUGACGGGGUUCCAGUUCAAGGGUCGGCAGGGCACGGCCGUCAUUGACGGUGUCGUUGUAAGCAUGAAUAUGACCAAUGCCAUGAUCAACGUCAUUGAAGGCCUCGAGUCCCAGGCCUCGGAAGAGAUCCAGGAAGCGAGAACUAAGAUCAUUCUGGCGAUGUGGAAAAAAUGGCUUACCGCUCUGCGCGUGCACGAGCAUGUCCAUCGGCAUUACGGAAAUCAGAAACACGGCACGGGGGAUAAAGGUAAUGAUGAUGAUGAUGAUGAUGAUGCAGAAGAAGACACUAUGCACCGAGACGAGGAGGGUGGUGGUGGAUUCAUGCUGGACCAGGCAGAACUGGAUCAAUCCGAGGAAAAUGCCAACUCUGUUCCUUUGACGACGCCAAACCUGAAGCCACUUGGCCAGCUUCUUCCGGCGGAGGUUGUGCAUCAAGACGUCAUUGUCAUCAGAUCCCCGAACAAGCUCAAACAACUGCCACUCUCUGAUCUGUUGCGGUCCCAUGACCGAGUCACGGAGGAAACACCCCACGAAACGUCCGACGCGGGCGGUGGCUUCAUAUCUGAGGAUGGAAUGGUGGACCAGAGUCCUCCGCACCGAGAAGGCCACGAACACGCGCCAUCGGUCCGCCAAAACCUCGCGAAUGAUGAGGGUGGCGGUUUUAUACCCGACGAAGCUGAAGACGAUCAAGGAGGUGGCUUCCUGCCCGAAGACGAGGACGGAGAUGGUGAACCCCAUGCGCGGUUUAUCACGGCUCAUGACGGCUGGAUCACGAAUACGGAGGAUACAAUGGGUAUGCUAUCUUCCGAGACAGAACACGCGUCAACCAAGGAGAGGUUGGACAGUACUUCUGCUUCUGCUGGCGCUGGUGCUGGUUCUGGUGCGGAAAAUGCGACCGCCGCCGGCGCCGGAGAUAGCAGUGCCAAGCCCCGGAGCAUAUCGACCGCAGGGGGCCGCGGAUUAAGCAGAAGCGGAAAAGAGGAUCCCGCAACAUCGACCACGCGAUCGAGGCAUAUUCCUGAUACGGACAUGGUGGCACCGUCUGACCAGUCGCCGUCGCGGCCGAUGAACAACACCGCCACGCUGGAGCCGGACCAUCCGUUUUCUGGUAGUGGGCAGACAACCACCACAGAUCAAGGCGACGGAGGGGACGAAACGGGAGACAGAUUCGAAGCAGCACACGGGCCAGAACUCCAGAGGUCGGAGUCUGGCACUACUCCUGCCUCGGUCGCGGGCUCCCUCCUCUCCCACGACCCGGAAGACGACGACGCCGAGCCCGAAUGGUUGCUGAGUAGUCUGGGCGAGAUCGACUAG